UGGUGGAAAUACUCUUCAUCCCUCCAUCUUUGUCUUUUCAUUUUAUCCUUCUAGUGCUUCUUUGAUCAUCAUGACACUUGCUGGUAAAAUCACCACUGAAAUUGGUGUUCAUGCAACUGCUGCAAAGUGGUUCAACCUCUUUGCAAAGCAACUCCAUCAUGUUCAAAACCUUACUGAUAGAGUCCAUGGAACCAAGCUGCAUCGUGGUCAAGACUGGCACCACACUGAGUCCAUCAAACACUGGACUUAUACCAUAGAUGGUAAGGUUACAACAUGUCAGGAGAAAAUUGAAUCUAUUGAUGAAGCAAACAAAACAAUCACCUACAAACUUUUCAAUGGAGACAUCGAUCAGCAGUUCAAGCUCUUCAAGUUCAUAUUUCAAGCAAUCGAUAAGAACAGUGGUGGUGCUAUUAUCAAAUGGACCAUUGAGUAUGAGAGAAUCAGUGAGGAAGUUGAUCCUCCUUAUGGCUACGUCGAGUACCUCCACAAAUGCACUAGUGACAUUGAUGGUCAUCUUCUCAAGGCAUAGUUCCAAAAAGUUAUGCAUAAUAACAAUGGCCUUACCCUUAGGUUAAGUGCUUAUCUUUAAAAUAAUAUAUAUGUGUGGAGUUUGACAAAGGAUGGUUAUGUUAUGUAGAACCUUCCUUUGUGUGGAAUAAACAUGGAUAUGCAUGUGGGUCAUGUCUUGAAGCUUGUUGAAUUAUUGUAUGUUCAAGAGUUUAAUGUGAUGCAUGUGAAUGUUUAUGAUUUUCUGUGAAAAUAUAUAUUUUCUGUGUA